AUGGUGAACUGGGACGACGCAGAGCAGAAGAAGCUCCUCUUCGCCAUGGUCACCCUCCUCCAAGCUGGCAAGAGCGCAAGCUGGGAGAACGUAGCCACCAUGCUCGGCGAGGGCCACGGCGCGAACGCCGUUCGGCAGCAAUGGGCCAAAAUCAAGAAGGACUGCGGCGGACAUGUCGGCACCAUCGUCGACGGUGAUGGCGAAGGCACUCCGGCCAAGUCGAAGCCACGCGCCAAGAAGGCUGCGAGCGAGAAGAGUACGGGCAAGCGCAAGGGCAAGAAGGACGUUGAUGAGGAUGAUGGUGGAGACGACGAGGAGAGUCCGAGCAAGAAGGCGGCAUAUGGUGGUUUCUUCUGCAUCUUUCUAUGGAGACGAGGACGAUGGGCCUGGGUUCGUCGAGGGAUGUACUUCUUCUGCAACUAG